AUGGCUGCAGUGAAAUUCAGCUGGCGCAAAUAUCUUAAGCGGACUGGUUCAUUUUUCAUAGGCACAAGUCCAGAAUUUGAUCUAGCACUUUAUACUCUAUGCUUUCUCACACGACGAUCACAUAACACUUGCAAGUUCCAAUUAGACGAAUGCCCAUUCGUCAUCACCAGUUACAAUUUAAUGCAGGAAGGCAAAAAUUUUGUUGGAACAGUUUAUCCAAUUUCUGGGCCACUUACUGAUAAAUGCCGACAGUAUAAUAGUCGAAUACGGUAAAAGAGAAAAUAAAUCGAAAAUUUAGGCUAUGCUAAUAUUCCGAUGUUAAAUCCG